CAUCAGCUCCUUGUUGUCAGUUUGGCUGGGGCUCGGUGUAGGCGGGACGUUUAAUGUCAGCUCGGCUCUUAGCUACAAAAUGCCCUUAAAUUUAUUUCUUCGUGUUCAGCACUAACAUUUACACGUUGUCAUCAGAGACACCCUGCCUUUUUCAUUCGGUUUACGUGUGGACAACAUUAGCCGGUGAGCUAAUGUAGCUAAUUGGGCGAACUACUACUAAUCUCUGAGCCAAAGUGGUCCUUUUAACUUCACGAAUAAGCUUUAACAAAGGAUGCUGGAGUCUAUAAACGUGACAGAAAGACUCCGUUGGCCAGAGAGAGAAAUGUCCAAAAAGUACAUCUUAAACACUGCUGACAAGGCAGUGAGUCCAAGCCAAGUAUACCUAGAGAAGAUUCCUUCUAGUGUCCUCAAAGACCUCUUCAGCACUCGCUCUAGCAGCUACAAUGUUCUGCUGCAGGCAGACAAAGAGGAGAAGAAGAUUCCAAAGCAGUCACCACUCAAGAAGCGAAAGACUUCAGUGAAAUAUGUCUCCACAUUAAGUAAAAGAAACCGUCCAGUCAUGGCUGCUAAAAAGUUUCGACCUCCAGAACAAGCCAGUAAAAUCACCCAGAUAAGCUGUGUUCUCUCAAGGAGCAGCUCCAAUCUCCCUAAACCACCACACAACAUGGCGGUUGUGGGCAGCACUAUGGGCCUGAGCCCCCGUACAGUUCCACAUCUCAGGAAGACGCACAUCCCCAACCCCAACUCACCUCGCACUAAACUUCCCUCUUUGUACAAAUCACCAAGCACACGGGAAGUGGAAAAUGCCAAAAAGCUCUGCAUCCUUACAGCCAUCAAGCCCAUUAAUGUGGAGAAAGAAAAGGCCAAGUUUUUCAAGUCUGACUUCAGCUAUAAUCCACAGUUUGAGUACAGCUGCCCCGUCUCUCCACUAGUAUUGGCGCGACAUAACAACGCCUCAGAUCGCUUUUUGACUCAGGCUGUGCACAUCAUGGAGCUCGCUCUGCAACGAUACGGCAGCUACGAGAGGUUUGAACAGGUCACAGGAGGCAGCCUCCUCACCAAGAGCCGCAUCUGGCAGAGUGUCAAGAGAUACAUGGAGAAGGAGGGCUGCAUGGGAGAGAUAGUUGUCCAGGUGACAGAUGACCUCCUGUCCAGAGCCUCGAUGACCGUGGUGAACUGCAGACCCACUCUGACCAUCAACGUGUCCACUGCCCGGGAGCACUGGCUGGAAGGGAUGCUGAGGCAUGAGAUUGGCACCCAUUAUUUCCGUGGCAUUAACAACUGUCACCAGCCAUGGAGCAGCAGCGCAGGAAGGAAGAAACUCAACCUGAAGCCGCUGAAUCCCACUGAGGAGGGCUUGGCCAGCAUCCACAGUGUCUUGUUCCGGAAAGACCCCACACUGUGGCGUGCCGCCCUCCUGUACUACACAGUGUACCAGGCCAGCAGCAUGUCCUUCACUCAGCUUUUUCACAGUCUGGGACGCUUUGUCCAGGACCCUAACACCCGCUGGGACUACUGUGUCCGAGCCAAGAGAGGCCAGACAGACACUGCACAGCCAGGGUGCUUCAGUAAAGACCAGGUCUACUUGGAUGGUGUCCUGAAAAUCCUGAGGUACAGAGACAAGAUCAACUUCCCGUUGCUGAUGGCUCUAGGAAAGGUGUCAUUUGAGGACGUGGACCGUCUCAAACCCCUGGCUCAGAUGGAGAACAUCCGCAUCCCACACUUCGUGCAGGAUCAAGCCAGGUAUGCCGAUCAGCUGACCAAAAUCAUGGCGGUCAACCAGCUGACUGACGAGGAGCUGAAGGCUAUCAUCUGAACCUGCACAUCUCUGCCAACCUCGCUGAAGCCCAAAUAAAAACCUGUUGCACCACUGCCAGCCAAUACCUGCAUGUCUCUAAAACACCACCACCAUGCAUGGUAGCAGAGUGUGUGACCAGUGCAGCAUGCUGUAUUGCAUGAGCUAUAGACAUACAUUAUAUGUAAGUUAAGUGAACUAGACAUUUGUUUUGAAAAUCUGCUCUCAUCAUUUGUCCACUGGUGACAGGGGGCUCAGGACACACUCAUGGAAACUCAACAUGUUUUAUUUAGUUGAAAGUUUUCAUCCCAGUGCCAACAUAAAUCUGUCAUAAUUAAAAUCACACUUGUUUUGAUACCUCACUUUACUUUUCUAUAUGAUUUUUAAGAAGCAUUUGAUGCCAACCUUUGUUGAUUUUAACAUAGUAGAGACAUCUUUAGUAUCCCAUGAUGAUCUGAAUCAGAACCCAAUGAUACAGGAUUAUAUGAGGUCAAUUAUGAAAUCUUGAUGUAUCUGCUAGUGUUGUUCCUAAACCGAGAUCAAGACAUGUCAAGGCUGAGGCCAAGAACUGAUCAAAUACACAACAAGACUAGAAUGGUCCACCUGUCGGGUCACUGUUUAUCACAAGAUAAAAUAUAAGUUAGGAGUCACAGUUUUUCCCCUCGGUCUGACACAAAGGGAAAUACCUCUCAGGCUACAUCAGUAUAUGCUAACUAAAUUAGGCAGUUUGCCGACCUAGUUGAUGGUAAAUACCCUGUCAGCAAAAUGGAACUGCAGCCCUACAAUGUACAAUGUAUAGGUGGCCAAUAUAACAUCUGUAACUCUCUUGGUUUGAGGGGUGAAGAGAUUUGUAAAGAGCUUUGGUAAAUGUGCAGAUUGCUAAUAAUAGCUAUUGUUGCUAGCAUCUCUUAUACUACCAUAACUUGUGAUUUCUGGGCUGAUAAAAUGGUUUAGGUUGAUAUAAUUACAUAAGAUGAAGCUGAUAUCUCCACCAGACAGCCAUCACUUCUUGCAAAAAAAAAACAAAAAAAAAAGAAAUUACAAUCCUCUCAAGUUAUUGUUUGUUAUUGUUAAGUUAAGAAGCAGUCAUCCAGGCAUCUUGACCGGCCUAGCAGUAAAAUCCCAAGUGCAAUUUAUAACCUAAGCACAUUACGUACCCAAACAUUUGCAAUGAGGAUGGAAAUAAAGUAUUUAAAUAUGGUGCCUCUACACAUGAGUAAUGCUACUUUGAUUUACAUACUACAGAGCUUGAUCUGGGAGCCCCCACGCUAAACUAAGCUAACCCCUUCCUGACUCUAAUAGACUUUAGUUUUCCUAAAAUCACAGAUGUCACUUAAAGAAACAAUAUGACAUGAACAUGCAGUAUAACAUGGACAUACCUGCACCUGAUCCUUAGCUUGUUUAAUGAAUUGACUAACAUUUGUCAGGGGAGUGAAAUGCUGACGUCAGCUACCUAAGCAGCUCUAAAAUACGUGUUUUCUGGUGUUUCCCCCAAAAACUUUUACUAUUGUGAUAUUUUUUGACGCGCACAAAGAGAAAUGUCCUCGGUGUAAACCCUGUCAGUACUCUGUGGUGGACAAGGCUACUGUCACAUUCCUUUGGCAGUGACGCGGUCCAGUGUUUUAUUAUAUUGGCUGACAAAUGGACUGACAGUGAUAAGCUAAUGAUAGUAUUAGCUGUGCCAACGUUAGCAGGGUUCCAAUCUGAAAGACACUUUCUCAGUGUGAUAGUAAUCACAGUUGCUAUUUAUGUAUUAUGUCUUUUGCAUGGAAAGAGUUGAGUCAACAGUAGUCUAAACACAAUCAUAUACUAAAAUCCUUAUCCAAGUGUACUUACCUCUAGUUAAGAACAUAUUCUUGCACUUUCCUGUUGGAACUGUCUAGAGUUACUGAUCAUGUAAAAGAUGUGUUUGUUGAUGGACUGUGAAUGAGAAAGAUAAAAGCAGAAUGGUGCACAAUAAUGCUCUGGACCACGUGACCUGAGGUUGUUUCCUGUCCUGUGAAGUCUGAGUGGUCCACGUACACUGACUUGAAGCCCAGUUCCACUAUUUGCACUUUCUUCCUUUGUAUCUUAUCAGCUUUGUUGGUGUGAUUUAUACAAACUGAUAAAUCUGUGUUUAAAAACCCAAA